AUCAUGGGAAAUUGUGCUGCAUGUAUAACACCAGAAACCACAACAAACAACAAUAACACAAGAAAACCAAACCCUUACUCAUCAUCAUCUCCCGCAGUGAUCCGUGUCCUCAGAGAUCUAUCUCCAGGCAACCACCGCUGGACUCGAAUCACCGACAAGUACAUCGUGGGCCACGAACUCGGUCGUGGAGAGUUCGGGAUCACUUACUUGUGCACAGACAAAGAAACAAGACAAAACCUAGCUUGCAAGUCCAUAUCAAAGAAAAAGCUAAGGACGGCAAUCGACAUCGAAGAUGUCCGUAGAGAAGUUGCGAUCAUGUCAAGCUUGCCUGACCAUGCCAACAUUGUGAAGCUCAGAGCCACUUAUGAGGAUGAAGAGGCUGUGCAUUUGGUUAUGGAUUUGUGUCAAGGCGGCGAGUUGUUUGACAGGAUUGUUGCUAGAGGGCAUUAUAGUGAGAGAGCUGCAGCUACCGUUUUCAAGACCGUGGCAAUAGUGGUGAAGAUGUGCCAUGAUAAUGGUGUUAUUCAUCGAGAUUUGAAACCGGAGAAUUUCCUCUUUGCUAAUAACAAGGAGAGUUCUCCUCUUAUGGCGAUUGAUUUUGGGCUCUCUGUUUUCUUUAAACCUGGUGAGAAGUUUUCAGAGAUUGUGGGAAGUCCUUAUUAUAUGGCCCCAGAAGUUUUGAGAAGAAAUUAUGGCCCAGAGGUUGAUGUAUGGAGUGCAGGAGUCAUACUUUAUAUUCUCUUAUGUGGAGUUCCUCCUUUUUGGGCAGAUUCUGAACAGGGCAUUGCUCUAGCUAUUUUGCGCGGCACACUUGAUCUUAAGAGGGAACCCUGGUCUCAGAUUUCUAAUAAUGCCAAAAGUCUUGUUCGACAAAUGCUAGAACCUGAUCCAAAGAAGCGUUUGACUGCGAAACAGGUGCUUGAACAUCCCUGGCUACAAAAUGCAAAGAAGGUUUCUAAUGUUUCGUUGGGAGAUAUAGUAAGAACACGGCUCAAGCAGUUCUCUCUAAUGAACAGAUUCAAGAAGAAAGCAUUGCGGGUAAUUGCUGAACAUUUGUCUAUUGAAGAAGUUGAAGUUAUGAGGGAUAUGUUUACUUUGAUGGACACAGACAAUGACGGCAAAGUUACAUAUCAAGAACUAAGGGCUGGGUUAAGGAAAGUUGGUUCACAAUUGGCUGAACCUGAGAUGAAGAUGCUGAUGGAUGUGGCUGAUGUUAAUGGGAAUGGAGUACUGAACUAUGGAGAGUUUGUGGCUGUUACAAUCCACUUGCAGAGGAUGGAGAAUGAUGAGCAUAUACACAGAGCAUUUAUGUUUUUCGAUAGAGAUUCUAAUGGUUAUAUUGAGGUGGAUGAGUUGAGAGAUGCUUUGGAUGAUGAAUCAGGUGAAACGGCUGACAAUGUAAUCAACGAAGUAAUGCGAGAGGUUGACACAGACAAGGAUGGAAAAAUUAGUUACAACGAGUUUGUUGCCAUGAUGAAGACGGGAAUAGAUUGGAGAAAGGCAUCUCGACAAUAUUCAAGAGAGAGAUUCCAAAGCUUAAGCGUACAAAUGAUGAAGGAUGGGUCAAUGCAUCUUCAGGAUGCUAUGACUGGCCAGACUUUUGUUGUCUAAAUUUCACAAGGCUAGGAAAUGAUUAAUGUUGGUUUUCUUUGAUAGUAUGAAUAAUAUCUUCGUAUCUAGCACUUAAUUUCAUAUAUGUAUCGUCACAUUAGCUACCAGUUCUGAGAAUGAUAAAAUGUACAACAACUUACUUGUAUAGUAGUAGAGUCGUUUCAGGUUAUAUUGUCUUUGAUUCAUGUAUACCUCUUACUCCAUAUAUCUUUUAUGCAUGCUCUUGUUAA